AGGAGGAGUAGGGGAGGGAGGCCAGAAGCCAGAGCAGCCGGGCAGCCCCGGAUGAGCCCCGAGCAAGUUGCCUCGGGAGCCCUAAUCCUCUCCCGCGGGCUCGCCGAGCGGUCAGUGGCUCACAGCGGCGGCGAGGCUGAAAUAUGAUAAUCAGAACAGCUGCGCCGCGCGCCUCGCAGCCAAUGGGCGCGGCGCUCGCCUGACGUCCCCGCGCGCUGCGUCAGACCAAUGGCGAUGGAGCUGAGUUGGAGCAGAGAAGUUUGAGUAAGAGAUAAGGAAGAGAGGUGCCCGAGCCGCACCGAGUCUGCCGCCGCCGCAGCGCCUCCGCUCCGUCAGCUCCGCCGGCUUAAAUUGGACUCCUGGAUCCAAGAGGGCGCGGUGCAGCCGGGCAGCGGCUCUCUCAGCGUUGGCAACCCCCGGGGCCACUAUUUCCCACUUAGCCACAGCUCCAGCAUCCUCUCUGUGGGCUGUUCACCAACUGUACAACCACCAUUUCACUGUGGACAUUACUCCCUCUUACAGAUAUGGGAGACAUGGGAGAUCCACCAAAAAAAAAACGUCUGAUUUCCCUAUGUGUUGGUUGCGGCAAUCAAAUUCACGAUCAGUAUAUUCUGAGGGUUUCUCCGGAUUUGGAAUGGCAUGCGGCAUGUUUGAAAUGUGCGGAGUGUAAUCAGUAUUUGGACGAGAGCUGUACGUGCUUUGUUAGAGAUGGGAAAACCUACUGUAAAAGAGAUUAUAUCAGGUUGUACGGGAUCAAAUGCGCCAAGUGCAGCAUCGGCUUCAGCAAGAACGACUUCGUGAUGCGCGCCCGUUCCAAGGUGUACCACAUCGAGUGUUUCCGCUGCGUGGCCUGCAGCCGCCAGCUCAUCCCCGGGGACGAGUUCGCGCUGCGGGAGGACGGGCUCUUCUGCCGCGCAGACCAUGACGUGGUGGAGAGAGCCAGCCUGGGCGCCGGCGACCCACUCAGCCCUCUGCAUCCGGCGCGGCCGCUGCAAAUGGCAGCCGAGCCCAUCUCCGCCCGGCAGCCGGCCCUGCGGCCCCACGUCCAUAAGCAGCCAGAGAAGACCACCCGCGUGCGGACUGUGCUGAACGAGAAGCAGCUGCACACCUUGCGGACCUGCUACGCCGCCAACCCAAGGCCUGACGCGCUUAUGAAGGAGCAACUAGUGGAGAUGACUGGCCUCAGCCCGCGCGUGAUCCGGGUCUGGUUUCAGAACAAGCGGUGCAAGGACAAGAAGCGGAGCAUCAUGAUGAAGCAGCUCCAGCAGCAGCAGCCCAAUGACAAAACUAAUAUCCAGGGUAUGACAGGAACUCCCAUGGUGGCUGCCAGUCCAGAGAGACACGACGGUGGCUUACAGGCAAACCCAGUGGAGGUGCAAAGUUACCAGCCACCUUGGAAAGUACUGAGUGACUUCGCCUUGCAGAGUGACAUAGAUCAGCCUGCUUUUCAGCAACUGGUAAAUUUUUCAGAAGGAGGACCGGGCUCUAAUUCCACUGGCAGUGAAGUGGCGUCGAUGUCCUCUCAGCUCCCAGAUACACCUAACAGCAUGGUAGCCAGUCCUAUUGAGGCAUGAGGAACAUUCAUUCAGAUGUAUUUUUUUUCCCUGUUGGAGAAAGUGGGAAAUUAUAAUGUUGAACUCCAAAACAAAAGUAUUUAACGACCCUGUCAAUGAAAACUGAAUUGAGAAAUGAAUGCUCCAUGAAAUGCACGAAGUCUGUUUUAAUGACAAGGUGAUAUGGUAGCAACACUGUGAAGACAAUCAUGGGAUUUUACUAGAAUUAAACAACAAACAAAAUCCAAACCCAACAUACGCUAUCCAAUGACCUUAGGAGGACUGAAAAAAAAAAAAAAAAAAGACGUUUUUAAAACGUAGAGGAUUAUAUUCAAGGAUCUCAAAAAAAGCAUUUUUCAUUUCACUACACAUCUAGAGAAAAGCAGAAACAGAUUUUCUAGUCCAUCCUAUUCUGAAUGGUGCUGUUUCUAUAUUGGUCAUUGCCUUGCCAAACAGGAGCUCCAGCAAACGAGCAGGAAGAGAAACUGGCCUCCUUGGCUGAAAGGGUCUUUUCAGGAAGGUGGAGCUGCGUUGGUUUGCGAUGUUUUUAGUUGACUUUAACAAGGGAUUAAUUGACAUCCUGGGUUUCUUAGCAUGUCCUGUAGCUGGUUUCGUUUUUUUUCUUUUUGCCCCUUCCCCCUCCUUUUUUUUGAGAUCCAUCCUCUAUCAAGAAGUCUGAAGCGACUUUAAAGGUUUUUGAAUUCAGAUUUAAAAACCAACUUAUAAAGCAUUGCAACAAGGUUACCUCUAUUUUGUCACAAGCGUCUCGGGAUUGUGUUUGACUUGUGUCUGUCCAAGAACUUUUCCCCCAAAGAUGUGUAUAGUUAUUGGUUAAAAUGACUGUUUCUCUCUGGAAAUAAAGAGGAAAAAAAGGAAACCUUUUUUUUUUUUUUGUUUGCUCUUGCAUUGCAAAAAUUAUAAAGUAAUUUAUUAUUUAUUGUCGGAAGACUUGCCACUUUUCAUGUCACUUGACAUUUUUUGUUUGCUGAAGUAAAAAAAAAAAAGAAAGAUAAAGGUUGUACCGUGGUCUUUGAAUUAUAUGUCUAAUUCUAUGUGUUUUGUCUUUUUUCUUAAAUAUUAUGUGAAAUCAAAGCGCCAUAUGUAGGAUUAUAUCUUCAGGACUAUUUCACUAAUAAACGUUUGGCAUAGAUAAAUAAAUAAA